AGAUUACCGAAGAAACAGCACAACCUUUCACUUGUUUCCCCUACACGUGCUCUCUUUCUUUCUCUCUCUUUCAUAAAAUUAGACAAAUUGAAAUUUUUUCACUCCCCCUUUUUUCUCUCUCUCCUCACAAAUAUUUCACCAAUCUCACAUCUUUUCCUCUUUCUCUCUCCUCUUCAACCCAUCGAAUUAAUUUUUCUUUUUUUUCUCUCUUCUCUUCUUCUCAUUAUUCGGAUCGUAAAAUUUAAUUUUUUCCAGGUGACUUCCUUUUUAUCUCUCUUUAUUGUAAUUUUUUUACAAGUUUCAAAAUUAGGGUUUUAUCGGAGGUAUAAUUUGGUAAUUUGGUUGGUUGAGGUGGGAUAUUUUUCCUCAUUGUAUGAUUUUUUGUUCCGAUUCAAUUUGAUUCUGAUUCGGAAAAGUAUUUGUAGUAGUAUUUAUUAGUUUAGUUGAUUCAUUUGCUAACUUUACUCGAAUUAGGGUUUGAUUUAAUCCCCAAUUUAUUCGGAAAUACAAAAAAAAGGCGAGAAUUUUAUUGAUAUAUUUGUAUAGAAAAUCUACUUUUUUUUUUUCUGGUCUGGGUUUUUUUUAGGUUAGUUUGAUAUUAUGUUUAUAGGAGAUAUACCGAGUUCUUCUCCACAAGAAACUCUGUGAUAUUUUUGGUGCAGUUUAUUUUUUUUGCUAUCUGAAAAUUGAGGGUUGUCUUGUUCAAAUUUCUUCUUAAUUAGGGUUUCCUUCCUUUUUUUUUUGUGUUUUUGUUGUUUCAUAUUGAAAAUUUGCCAAAAAAAAAAAGGGAAAGAGGAGAAAUCUAGGGUUUUUUUGGCUCAAGGGUUGAUUGUUGGGGAGAGAGUUCUGCUCCUUUUUUUGGUGGAAUUGUUGAUAGGAUGGCUUUGAAUUGCUCUAAUCGGCCGAUGUUUUCGGCCCAUCUCGGCGAGGAACAUAUAGUUCAGGGUGGUUCUCAGGAUAAGGACAUUUGUGAGUUGUUGCCUGCUGAUCCUUUUGGAAUGGAUAUAAGUUCCACUGUUGUUACCGCCCUCAGCGGGUGGUUUGAGGGUCUGACGAUUGAUUAUAGUGGUUAUGGAGGGGUUGAGGUUGGUGGUGGUGAUGGGGAUUACCCCCAUUACCCUGAGUUGGGUUUUUGGUGGAAUACAUCAGCUAUGGAAUUCCAGACGAUACCUGGAUUCGAGUUAUAUGAUGAUAGAAUAAUGAGAGACACUCAAGUUGGUGGUUUUUCAGGAUUAGGGUUUUCAGUCCAUGACAGGGGUGUCCGAUUUCCCUGUACUUUGGAUGGUGCUAAUAUUCACACUACUGCUAAUACUAGCUUUGAGAGGAGUGAUAAUCAUGGGGAGAAUGCUGUGGGUGAUGGUUAUUUUUGGGAGGAGCAAUUAGGGCAUCCGGUUAAUAAUGAAGGUGUCCGUUUUGCUUGUACCCUGGAGGGUGCUACGUCUAGUACUGCGAAAGAUGGCUUUGACAGGAAUGAUAAUCAUGAGAUGGGUUCUAGUCAGGCUGCUGAUACUGAUGAUAGCGCUGGAGCUCCUCACCUGGCGUUGGGCUUUGCUCUUUCGUAUCUGGGUGUUCGUGAUCUGCUCUCUGUUGAAAGAGUUUGCAAGUCAUUCCGCUUCAUGGUUCAAAAUGAUCCCCUUCUUUGGAGGAGUAUACACAUUGAUAAGCCACUAAGUGAUCGGAUCACUGAUGAUAUUCUUCUUCAAUUAACCGAUAGGGCUGAAGGGAGCUUGCAAUGCUUGAGCCUUGUACAGUGCCAACAGAUCACAGAUGAUGGUUUAAAGUGUGUCCUCGAUGGCAAUCGACGGUUAAAGAAGCUUAGUGUGCCAGGGUGUACAAGAAUAAGCAUUGAUGGUGUAGUGAGCUGCUUAAGGGCUUUAAAAACAGUGGCUGUCACUGGGAUAAAGUAUUUGCGAAUUGGUGGAAUUUAUAAUGUGACACAUAGUCACUUUGAAGAGUUGAUGUCAUUGUUGGACAUUCAUAAUCGUGUUCAAGUCAAUGAUUACAAGCCACACUUCUAUCACAGAGGAAACUUUUAUUUAUCCUGUGAAGAUGAUCGUCCAAUUGACAUUGAAGUGUGUCCACGGUGCCAAAAUUUGCGAUUGAUCUAUGAUUGCCCUGCUGAAGGUUGUCAAGGAAAAUUCCAACCAACUGAGCUGUGCAGAGCGUGUAAAUUCUGUAUACAACGGUGUAUUCAAUGUGGGAAGUGCAUCAAUGAUGGUGAGUAUGAGGAGACCUUUUGUCUGGAAUUCCUUUGUUCUGAUUGUUGGAAGCAAGUAUGUCAGGAGCGGGAAGAUGUGGGGAUCAGUGUUUCUAAGCAUCCCGUUUCUCAGGAGCCAGUUAUAUCAUUCCAUGGCUAGGGAAUAUUGGCUUAGUGGGUAUUAUUUGUAUCUUGGGUUCUUUUGUGCUGUCCGCUUUUUGCUCGGGAACUAAAAGCUUGAUGAAUUAAAGCAAACAUGCAAUGGGAACUACAUUGUCGUUGCCCUUUAAGGUGAUAUUGUUUUGCUUGGGCUGUCGACGGAUAAUUGCAUCUUGCUUUUGUUUGUUUUAUUGUGAUUCGGGUUUUACUGAUUUAGGGAGGUGGUGUUGUGUCAUAUUGUUAUGUGGUGAAAAAUAAAAAAAAUAGAAAUUGUGACCGUCCAGGUAUCUUGUUUGGGUUGCUCUUAGUGACUGACAUAUUGAUGCUUUGGUGUUGCUCUGAAAGUAGAGCAUUUUUGGUUCAUUGGUGACAAAUAUUAACUCACCAUGCAGAACUGAUGUGAUGAUGAAAGAGCUGUCGGGGGUGUUUGGGAUUGGGGUGGAGGUUGACUUCCAUACUUCAAUUAAUCUGCUUUGCUGCAAGGGCUGUUAAGAUAAAGGCUAGACUUUUUUGUAGCUCCAUUGAAAGCCGGAGGAGGUGGCUGAUGGUGCUCUUGUCGAUGUCAUUACGGAGCACGGCUGUUUUUUUCAUGUGCAUUAGGUGCUCCGACGGAUUUUUUUUUUUUUUUUUGGUUAUAUGUAAAACUAAGCUUAACUCCAAAGAUUUACAUUUGAUGUGGAUGAUUCACUUUGUGUGCUUCACUUGGCUGGAAAUGUGGGCACUAGGCAAAUCUUGAAGUUUGGUCAUCAUGAUAUAUUGAUGUAAACUUUUGGUGGAUACUUUCCUACCCAGUUUGUUGGGAAAAAGUUGUUUGGUUGUUUUUCUGAAUAAACUCCAAUAAUCUUCGAAUUA